GGAGCAGUUUAACACCACUAAACUCUGACUCACAGCAUCAUAUGAACCUGAACGAAGCAAGUAAGGAACCUUUUCACCUUUUCAAAAUGGAGUCUAAUUUAUUCUGUUGCUUCACCAUUAUCAUCACAAGCUACAUAACAGGUGUUGCCUCUCAGACCCUGACAGCAUCUGCAAAUCCUCUGGUUGUUGGAGGAAAUGUCACUCUUACUCUAAAACCUCUGACGAACAUCACUGCUGGAAGUUGGUUAUUUGAUGGGAACAUCCUGUUGUUCUGGUACCCAGAUAAAUUUAUAGUGAGUGACAGUCACAAAGGGCGAAUAUCUUUCAACUUGUCCACAAGUCAGAUCACUCUGUAUUCAGCACAAGUGAGUGAUUCUGGACCGUAUGUACUGCAAGGCAUGAACCCAAUUGUAAAAGCAGAACUUAUGCUGUCUGUUCAGGUGCCAAUCACAAAUGUGUCUCUAACAGUAAGUAAGACACAACUGGUGGAGUUUAAUGACAGUGUUGUGUUCACCUGCACUGCCAAUGGCACGCCAUUAGCGUUCACAUGGUAUAACGACAGCUCUGAGGUCACAGCAGCUAAUGUUGAAAUCUAUCCUAAUGGAAGUGGUCUCAUUAUUAGCAAUGUAACAAGAUAUGACAGUGGACCUUUUCGCUGUUUCGUGGCGAAUGGCAUCAGUAAUGGAACAAGCAGGUCAAUUUCCCUCGAUGUCAACUAUGGUCCCAGCAACCUGACACUGACAGUUCUUCCAAACAUGAUGAACUACAUUUCAGGAUCAAACAUCACUUUGUCCUGUUCUGGUGAAUCUAAACCUGCAGCAUUAUUCCAUUGGUCCUACAAUAGUGUUUCUCUUAAUAUAAACAGCUCAACCUUCAAGCUUACCAAUGCUACUCGUAACCAGACAGGAAUUUAUGCCUGCAUUGCACAAAACUCAGUGACUCUCAGAUAUGCAUCCAUCACCAGAACCAUCAUCAUCAUUGACCCACUAUCUGCAGCUCUGGUAGUGCCUGUUGGUGAGCCACCAAUAUUAAACAAUUCAUUUGCACUGACCUGUGACAUCACUGGACAGUUGGACUCUGUUUAUUGGAUAAAGGACGGCAUUCACCUGGUUCCUGACAGCAGGCUUUCUCUCUCCAACCAAAAUAAGACACUCACAUUUAAUAAUCUCAUCCUCUCUGAUAAUGGAAAAUAUCAGUGUGUAGCAAAUAACGCUGUAAGCAAUGUGACCAGCAUGGCCUAUUAUCUAACAGUUAAUUAUGGUCCCUGGUCCACUAGGAUUUAUGGCCCAGCCAUAGCUGAAGUAGGUUCUAAUGUGACACUAAAUUGCUCUGCUUCCUCUCAACCUGCCAGUCAAUACAGCUGGUUUUUCCAAGGUUCUAAAGUGGCAGAGGGCUCUGUGUAUCAGGCUUACUCUCUUUCACUAAACAGCAGUGGACAAUACACUUGCCUGGCCCACAAUAACAUCACAGGAGGAAACAGCAGCACUACAUGGAACUUAACUGUCAUUGUGGGUAUUUCCUCAGUGGUGGUGACUCCCAGUACUCUCAUCCCUCUGGCCUCUAAGGAUAUGCAGCUCUUCUGUAACGUAACUGGCUCCUUUAACAGCAUCCAGUGGCUAAAAGACAACCAGCCUCUUAAUACAACAGCUGCAAAAUCCAUUUAUAUGAAUGACACCACCAUAGAUUUCCACCCUCUGCAGAUCACUGACGAUGGAUUGUAUAAGUGUGUUGCCACAGAUGCUUUUCGACCACAUGUUAGCCUGCCGUAUAGUUUAUUAGUUAAUUAUGGGCCAUUGGACGUGACUAUAACAGCUGAUAUCAAGGCUGCCACUAUCUUAUUGUGCAAUGCAAAGUCUCAACCACCAAGUGUUUACAACUGGUUCCUCAACAACACUGUCCUUAAAGAGGAUGCUGUUUUAGUUUUACCUCUUUUGCCUCCUCUGGGUUAUAACUACACAUGUGUGGCCAUAAACCCUCUGACCAAUGACACAAUGUCUGCCUCCUAUAUUAUUUCAGAACGCAAUGCAGCGGUUCCAUUCCAGACUAGCAUGUUGUUGACUGCUUUGUGUGCUCUAGUUCUUCCUGUAUUUAUGUUGAUGAAGCCCUUCUGAGCUGCUAAUUAAAGCCUGCUACCUGAGUCUAUCAUCUUAAUUUUGUAUUACUUUUUUGUUUUCAUGAAGCAUCAUAAUAUUAAAAAUAUUGAACUUUGAAUUAUUUAACAAGUCACAUGUUCUCUUUAGUCAAGCAGUGAGCUUGCGAGAGUAGAGGAUGCCGAGGAUAGAUUUAGGUGGAAACCGAUGAUUCGCUGUGGUGACCCCUAACGGGAAAAGCCAAAAAGCGAGCUCUGGGGUGUGAUGGUUGUUUUGUUACAGGCACAAAUAACGAAAGACAAUCAGAUGACUAAGGGCUGUUCUUACUGACACCACAUACAGUACCAAAAUGACAAGCCUAUUCAUGUCUCAGUUUAUUGCAACACCAAUCAACCAUCAACCAUGCUCUGUUUUUACCUGUGUCAGUGGAGCACAUUAAUUUUGACAGGACAGGAAAAAAAAACAGUUGUCAGAAUGAUCUACUUACACAGUACUUCUUAUUUUCAUUAUUUACUGCCAUUUUUGCACAGAUUAUACUAACGCUACUUGUUAGACUUGUCCCUUACAGUACAUUUGAUAGACAAAUAAUUAAACCAUUGCCCUGUUCUUCUUCAACCCUUUAAAAUUCCUCAUUAUGUACUCCUCAUACUAAUACUUUAUUUAUUGCUACCUUUUAACAAAUAUGAAUCAUUAACACUUUCAAUUUCAAAAAUUAUUUUGUUUUUUGGUUAAUUGAGACUAUGCAUCAAAGAUAAUACCCAGAGAAUAAACAAUACUGAUUUAUAAGUUUUAAUGAGAUUUGAUUGGAUUACAUAGUGAUAAAGCACAGCUAAUGUAUAAUUUCAUUAAAGAAAUGUCAUCAGAAGGCACUUUGUGAAAACUGUAUCUAUAUUCUACAAUCUGUAUACUUGUAAAUCUGUGUAAUAUAAUGUAGAAAAUAAAUGAUUCAUGGUA